UUUUGAUGCCGAUCUCCAACGAAAAAUGAGGAAAGCGACACUAUUUUGCAAGGACAAUACAUGCUAAUCUUCAGUACGGAUCCAAAUCACACGCCGUAUCCAUUGGUUGACCCAAUCAAAUCACAACUAACAUAUUAAACUCUGACACUUCGAAACACAUAGUACUACAACAUUUUAACUAACCAUCUCAUUGUCCUUGAGUGCCUUCUUAUUCAAUCUCCUUAAUUUUACAUUAACAACAAUACAAUGGAUCCUAGCCCGAGAUCCCUCCCUAUCCUUUCCUACGUGAUGAAGAAGUUCCCUAGCUUCAAACGCCCCGCACCCUCGGAUUUCGAUGUCGAACAGCCUCUGCCAAUGUCUCCCAGCUCUCUCCCUUCUGGACCUUACUUCGAGCUCAAGGAACGCAUGCCUCAUCUAACUAACCCUAAAUUGAUUUCCCAGAUGCGAUCAGCUGUUGCGGAUGUCUCCCAGACUCGUUCGAUCUUGAAAAAGCUCGGUCCCAGGCCUGAUCACGAGGCGGUUGACAUUGCCAAGGCCAGGCUGGCGGAAAUUGAGAAUGAGCUCGAGGAGGUGGAGUUGGCAGAGGCCAAUGCCGAUAAUUUGAAGAAAAAGGAGGCGGAGAGGGAGAAACAGAUGUACAAGACGGUGAUUUCGUUGGAUGAGAUGCACGAGUCGUAUGGAAAGUUGUUGACGGAUGCAGAGACAAGGCUGGAGAAGAUUUAUGAGGCUGCUGCGGCUGGAUAUAAUGGCGAGGAUGAUGUCGCGGUGGUGGAGGAGGUUAAUGAAGAGGUUGUGAGGAUUUUGCAAGAGGCGAAUCAGAGGGAGGUGCAGAGGAUUGAUUUGGCGAAAAAGCAUUUGAGGUUUCUUCCCGAGGCGUUUGGGAAGAUUCGACCUCUGGUUGUGCUUGAUCUUUCCUCUAAUCAGUUUCAGAUGAUUCCAGAUUCAAUUGCAGGGCUCGAAAAUCUUGAGGACUUAAAUCUGUCAUCGAAUAUAUUGACGUCUUUGCCAGAAUCCAUUGGGUUGUUACUCAAAUUGAAGACUUUAGACGUCUCUAACAACAAGCUUGUUGCUUUGCCUGACAGCAUCUGCCAUUGCAAGUCACUAGUAGAACUAAAUGCGAGCUUCAAUAAAUUGGCUUAUUUACCUACGAAGAUAGGGUUUGAACUGGUUAGCCUACGUCGACUUUCAAUCCAACUGAACAAAAUCCGUUCUCUCCCCACUUCCAUUGGUGAGAUGAGCUCUCUGAUAUUUCUGGAUGUGCACUUCAAUGAGCUUCAAGGUCUUCCACGUUCUAUAGGGAACUUGACGCACCUUGAGUUUCUUAAUCUUAGUAGUAACUUUAGUGACCUAACUGAACUUCCAGACACAUUUGGCGAAUUGACCAACCUCCAAGAACUUGAUCUGAGCAACAAUCAGAUUCGUGAACUCCCCCUGACCUUUCGUCAUCUAAACAAUCUCCGCAAAUUUAACAUAGAGGAGAACCCUCUUGUAAUCCCUCCAAAGGAAACUGUGAAGAACGGGGUUGAAGCUGUCAGGGCCUAUCUGACUCAGAGGUAUCACCAGCUUUUGCUGGAGGAAGAGGAAAAGGAAAGGAAAAGAAUUGAAGCCCAAGAUGAGUCACCGAAGGGUUGGUUUACUCGAAGCACCUCCUGGUUGAAAGAUUCUGUGACCACUGUCUCUGGUAAUGUUUCAGAAAUUAUGGGUGUUGAGGGAACUCGUAACCAAGACCCUCUCCUUAAUCAGCAGUUAUGAGUAUGACUAUCUAAUAUAUAACAGAUUCAGCAUUCAGAGGCACGUCGACCUUGGAAGAUUUACAAAAAUAUAUCAUGUACUUGUAUUCUCUUCAUC